AUGUACCUGUACUCCGUACCUGGAAUCGUCAACCUGCCUGCAACUGCCACACCCCUCGCCCCCUGGGACCCCACACCUCGCAUGCAAAUUGCGGCACUCUCAUUGGCUGGCAGAUUCCUGACUCCUCUGGUAGCCUCGUCAAAGCUUCCGAGACGCCAGCCCGAAUCUCUUCCGUCAACUCCUCACCUGCUAAACAGCCUGUCCCUUCGCUCGUCCACCACCGCAUACCCAGCAUACCCAUCGCCUACCACCACCACCACCGCCGCCGUCAUGCCUCGUCAACGCUCCGUCGGCCGUGCCCCCAGCCGUCCCACCGCUGCCGCCGCACCCGCCCCUCAGCAGCACCGGCCGGCGACCACCAUGGCCGCACCGCCCACCCACGCCGCGCCUCCCCAGCAGAUGGCCCCGGCGCCCGUCCAGUCCGCCGGCCCGGGUCUCUUCGGCCAGAUGGCCAGCACCGCCGCCGGUGUCGCCAUCGGUUCUUCGGUCGGCCACGCCAUCGGCGGCUUGUUCAGCGGCGGCUCCUCGGCCGAGGCCGCGCCCCAACAGCCCGUCCAGGCGCAGGCGGCCCAGCCGCAGCAGCAGUACGGCAACAACUGCCAGGGUGCGGCCCAGCAGUUUACCAAGUGCUUGGACGACAACGGCGGCAACAUGCAAAUCUGCAACUGGUACCUCGAGCAGCUCAAGGCAUGCCAGGCCGCCGCCGCUCCGUACUAA